GCCAAACGGAGAGGGAGCCCCAGAAGAAGUGCAGCGUCCGGUUAGCAGCCGCCCCAACUCUCCAGCCGAGUCUACGCUCUGACCCAACGCCUCCACCCAGUCGCCGGCCCAAAAACCUAGCCCCGGGCCUCUCACUCAAGAGCGGCUCCCCGCCGGCCGCCAGCCCCAUUCAUCUCAGCCCCACGUCGUCCUCGGCCGGCGAAGAUGUCCGCCAAGCCCCAAGUCAGCUUCGCGAGCGAGGCUUCUCGGCAGAUCCUGGCCGGUGGUUCCGCGGGUCUUGUAGAAAUUUGCUUGAUGCACCCCCUCGAUGUGGUGAAAACCAGAUUCCAGAUCCAGAGACAUGCAACUGAUCCAAAUAGUUAUAAAAGCUUAGGAGACAGCUUUCGAAUGAUUUUCCGCACAGAAGGGUUGUUUGGUUUUUACAAGGGAAUCCUGCCACCCAUCUUGGCUGAAACACCAAAAAGGGCAGUCAAGUUUUUCACCUUUGAGCAGUACAAGAAAUUGCUAGGAUAUGUGUCACUGUCACCAGCAUUGACAUUUGCCAUUGCUGGAUUGGGAUCGGGGCUAACAGAAGCCAUCGUGGUUAACCCUUUCGAGGUUGUAAAAGUUGGCUUGCAAGCUAAUCGGAACACAUUUACAGAGCAACCAUCUACUAUGAGUUAUGCAAGACACAUCAUUAAGAAGGAAGGCUUUGGACUCCAGGGCCUCAACAAAGGAUUUACAGCAACUUUGGGACGUCAUGGAGUUUUCAACAUGGUUUAUUUUGGCUUCUAUUACAAUGUCAAAAACAUUAUCCCCGUCAACAAGGAUCCAACCUUGGAGUUUUUGAGAAAAUUUGGGAUUGGUCUUGUCUCGGGCACAAUCGCCUCAGUCAUUAACAUCCCUUUUGAUGUUGCCAAAAGUAGGAUUCAAGGGCCUCAGCCAGUUCCUGGAGAGAUCAAGUACAGGACUUGUUUUCAAACAAUGGCAACGGUCUAUCAGGAAGAAGGGCUUUUAUCUUUGUACAAAGGCCUGCUUCCCAAGAUUAUGAGGCUUGGACCAGGUGGUGCAGUGAUGCUACUGGUUUAUGAAUAUGCCUAUUCAUGGCUUCAGGAAAACUGGUAA